UGUGUGUGUGUGUGUGUGUGUGUGUGUGUGCGUGUCUUGGUACCACUUGUGUUUUGGUGGAAGGGAAGGGUGAUUGGAUCUCUCACCCUCGAUGAGGAAUUGACAUUGCUGAGAGGAUGGCUGAUGGCAACUUGGCACAGGGACUGUGUGAACGGCCCACUGCUCUAAUGCAAGUCACAGCAUUGUGAUUUGCGACAGGGUGUCAGUCAGCCGGAAGCGAUGGGUCAGUCAGAGGGGCUAGAGAGCAGGGGUGGCAUAAACAGCCCUGACCCCCUGGUACGAGAGGCCUAUCUGAUGUUACAUGACUAUAUAAACUAUGUGAUCGCAGGGCCCGACGGCCACAUUGGCCCACCCCCUACUGCCACAGCAGCAGCCCUGCGCCAUGCUGGGGAUGAGCUGCUAGUUAGGUUCCCCAUCUUCUUCAGGCGUUGGCCACGCGUCUUUCACGAUGUGACCGAGGCCACAGCCUGUCCCAUGCUAACCGCCAUCCUGGAUGAGCACUUUGCCACCACCACCCCCGGGGGGCGCCGACGGGACCUGGCCUGGAGUGCGGUGCUGUCUGUGUAUGUGCUAGCUGGCCAGAUGGCCCUGCACUGCCACGAGAGGGGCAUGGGGGGAAUCCUGCCCCAGCUUAAGGAGUGUGUGGGGGGUUACGUGGAGAGGGUCAUCUGUCCAGAGAUUCGGGACAAGGGUGGAUGGACAGGCUUUGUGUCCCGCUUUGGGCAGAAGCAGGACUUGGAGGGCCAGGUGAAGAAGGUGUGUUGCUGGACUCUACUGCUAUUGGCUACCAGUAUCCUGUCCUAUUUCCUGUGGAAACGAAUAAAAUCUUAAACAACACCCCCA